AUGGGCCAACAGUACAUGCCCAAUGGCAGUUUAGACAUGCUCCUGCGCUCUGAAUGGAGAGGUCAUUUAGGGUUCCUCAAGAGGCUGGAUAUCAUGCUAGAUGUAUCGACAGCAAUGGAGUAUCUGCACCAUGAGCAUUACGAUGUUAUCCUGCACUGUGACUUGAAGCCUAGCAAUGUGCUAUUUGAUGAGGAAAUGAUGGCGCAUGUAGCAGACUUCGGCAUCGCAAAGUUGCUACUGGGUGAUGACAAUUCAAAGAUCACGGCAAGCAUGCCUGGAACACUUGGGUAUAUGGCACCAGAGUACGGAUCACAUGGAAAGGCAUCGCGCAAGAGCGACGUGUUUAGCUUCGGAAUCAUGCUCCUUGAAGUAUUCACUGGGAAGCGACCCACAGAUCCUAUGUUUGUUGGAGAUUUGAGCAUCAGGCAGUGGGUCCAUCAAGCAUUUCCAGCGAAGCUUGUUCAUGUUCUGGACGGCAAGUUACUGCUAGAUGUGUCUUCUAUCUGUGGCCUGAAUCAACUUCUUUGCAAAUAUUUGAGGUGGGUUUGCUUUGCUCAAGUGACUCACCUGACCGGAGGAUUUCAAUGA